AUGUACAAAAAACGGCCGCUGCGGAAGCGGAUCGGCGCGGAUUUCAUCGAUUUUGCCGAGCAUACCAGUGCCCACGGUCUACCUCGAGCCUACGUUUCAAGCGGAUGUCGACGGGCGUUGUGGCUAGUUCUAUUUUUUGUAUGCUUCUCCGUGUUCGCCUACCAGGCCACGCUCAUCGUCGUCAAGUUUAGGAGGAAUGACAUCAUCGUCAAUGUCGAGAUCAAGUACAAAGACAUUGAUUUCCCUUCCGUCACCGUCUGCAACCUGAACCCCUACAAGACGUCGAAGGCCCUCGAGUUCGGCGGGGUCAAGGAUACGAAUCGCUUAAUAAAGCAAUGCGAGCUAAGCAGCUCGAGUCGCCGCGGCUCAUUCGAGCUCUGCCAGAGGCCGGGGGCGAAGGAUCAACCCCUACCGCUGCAUCGG